AACUUUUAUUUUGGAAACAGCGAAACAACAACCUUCCGGUGGCCCUGUUGGAAAUUCUGAUAGGGUUGCCAUUUUCACUUAAUAUAUAUAUAAAAAAACAAAUACAGUCUUUAGGAAACGCAGAAAUGAGAAAUGAGUUUAUUUGCGAAUGCUAAACACCAGAGGAAAAACCACUAGAGUAAACAAUGGCAGACUCUGUAAUGAUGGGGAGCGCGUCUUUAAACUCCGGAAGCCGCUCUGGAAGCAGUAAGACCAGCACAAGUCCUACAGAAAACUAUCAGCUGGCUCGGAGACGCACACUGCAGGUGGUGGUCAGCUCUCUGCUGACAGAGUGUGGCUUUGAGAGCGCUGAGAAAGCUGCGGUGGAGACACUCACUGAGAUGAUGCAGAGCUAUAUCACUGAGGUUGGACGUUGUGCGAAGGCAAACUGUGAGCACACAGCUAGAAGCACCCCUACACUCUCUGAUGUGGUCAUCACUCUGGUCGAAAUGGGAUUUAAUGUGGAUACUCUUCCAGUGUAUGCCAAAAGAUCCCAAAGGAUGGUCAUAACUGCACCUCCAGUAACAAAUGCUCCAGUGGUCCCAAAAGCCCUCACGGCUGGACAGAAGCGCACUCAUCCAACACACAUUCCCAGCCACUUCCCAGAGUUCCCAGAUCCUCAUACAUACAUCAAAACACCAACCUUUCGAGAGCCUGUGUCAGAUUACCAGGUGGUGAGAGAGAAGGCAGCAUCACAAAGGAGAGAUGUGGAGCGUGCUCUCACACGCUUCAUGGCCAAGACCGGAGAGACGCAAAGCCUUUUUAAGGACGACAUCAGUGCAUUUCCUUUGAUCGCUGCAAGGCCGAGCUCCAUUCCUUACCUGAGUGCCCUGCUGCCCUCUGAACUAGAGCUACAGACACUGGAGGAGACAGAUUCAUCUGAGCAGGAUGACCAGACAGACACCGAAAACAACCCCAGUCACAGUAUCCAGGAUGACUCGGGUGCAGAUAAGGAGAACGCAGUGCUGCCACCUGGUGGUGUUGUGCCUACAGGAAAGGCCAAUGAAGAAAACAUGAUUGACAACCCAUAUCUACGGCCAGUCAAAAAGCCGAAAGUGAGAAGGAAAAAAUGAAAAUUGAUAUAUUGACUCGACUACUUCUACAUCAGCAGGUUAUGACGAAUGAUGACUUCUUAGCACUUGCUAAUCACAUUGUGCCCUUUGAAGUAACAGCUAACAUGAGGAGUCUUCAACAACUGCAAUUUGGAAACACACGGUGGUCCAUCAUGUUAAAGGGUUAGUUCACCCAAAAAUGAAAAUUCUGUCAUUUAUUACUCACGCUUAUGCCGUUCCAGACCCGUAAGACCUUCGUUAAUCUUCGGAACGCAAAUUGAGAUAUUUUUGUUUAAAUCCGAUGGCUCCGUGAGGCCUGCAUAGGGAGCAAUGACAUUUCCUCUCUCAAGAUCCAUUAAUGUACUAAAAACAUAUUUAAAUCAGUUCAUGUGAGUACAGUGGUUCAAUAUUAAUAUUAUAAAGCGACGAGAAUAUUUUUGGUGCGCCAAAAAAAACAAAAUAAUGAAUUAUUUAGUGAUGGCCAAUUUCAAAACACUGCUUCAGGAAGCUUCGGAGCAUAAAUGAAUCAGCGUGUCGAAUCCGCAGUUCGGAGCGCGAAAGUCACGUGAUUUCAGCAGUUUGGCGGUUUGACACGCGAUCCGAAUCAUGAUUCGACACGCUGAUUCAUUAUGCUCCGAAUCUUCCUGAAGCAGUGUUUUGAAAUCGGCCAUCACUAAAUAAGUCGUUAUUUUGUUUUUUUUGGCGCACCAAAAAUAUUCUCGUCGCUUUAUAAUAUUAAUAUUGAACCACUGUACUCACAUGAACUGAUUUAAAUAUGUUUUUAGUACAUUAAUGGAUCUUGAGAGAGGAAAUGUCAUUGCUCCCUAUGUAGGCCUCACUGAGCCAUCAGAUUUAAACAAAAAUAUCUUAAUUUGCGUUCCGAAGAUCAGCGAAGGUCUUACGGGUGUAAAAUGGCACGAGGGUGAGUAAUUAAUGACAGAAUUUUCAUUUUUGGGUGAACUAACCCUUUAAUGACGUUUGAUUCUUAUGACAGACUGUUCUGUACAUCUCAAAAAUAUUAGAUGGAAUUCACACAGACAACCUUCCCUAAAGAGUAGCACCCCUUACAGUUGAUUUUUGGCAGUGUGUUUUGAAUAAAUGAAGCAUCAUUUAGUUUUUACAGUUCUCCACACAUCAUAAACAUGACAUUCUCUUCUGAUUUGUGUUUAUUUGUUACUCAAUUGUAAAUGAUCGUAAUAAAUGUCUUUUAUUGUUUAUUUUAAGGCAUCCUUUCAAAAGGACAAGUUGAAAAUUAAACCAGAAUGUGGGGAUAAAGUAAACAUCUCCAUUAUGAA